ACCAUCCUCUCUCUCUUUUUGGCAAAAUUCUAGAGAGAGAAACCACAAGUCAAUGAAGCCAAAUUUCUCUCAUCCAACCGGAAUAAUCAAACCCUAACCCUAGCGUUCUCCUUACAUCAAAUCCAAUCAGAUUCAACAUCUGAUCCACAAAAUCACCGUCGAUUUUCACAGAUCUACGGUUAUUUGACCGGAAAACGGAAUCGGAAAAUGCCGUCACACGCGGAUGUAGAUCGGCAGAUAGAGCAGCUGAUGGAUUGCAAAGCGUUGACCGAAUCGGAGGUCAAAGCUCUGUGCGAUCAAGCUAGGGCUAUACUUGUGGAGGAAUGGAAUGUGCAGCCGGUGAAAUGUCCGGUGACGGUUUGUGGUGAUAUUCAUGGACAGUUUUAUGACCUGAUUGAGCUGUUUCGGAUAGGUGGAAACCCUCCGGAUACAAAUUAUCUCUUCAUGGGGGAUUAUGUUGAUCGUGGAUACUAUUCAGUGGAGACCGUCACCCUGUUAGUGGCUCUAAAAGUUCGUUAUAGAGACAGAAUUACAAUUCUUCGUGGAAAUCAUGAGAGCAGGCAGAUCACUCAAGUAUAUGGAUUCUAUGAUGAAUGUUUGAGAAAGUACGGAAAUGCUAAUGUUUGGAAGCAUUUUACCGACCUGUUUGAUUACCUUCCUCUUACAGCCCUUAUUGAGAGCCAGAUCUUUUGCUUACAUGGAGGACUUUCACCAUCAUUGGAUACACUAGACAAUAUCCGAGCAUUGGACCGCAUACAAGAGGUCCCACAUGAAGGACCAAUGUGUGACCUGUUGUGGUCUGAUCCAGAUGACAGAUGCGGGUGGGGAAUAUCUCCACGUGGAGCCGGCUACACGUUUGGACAAGAUAUAGCAUCGCAGUUUAAUCAUACAAACGGACUCUCACUUAUCUCAAGAGCUCAUCAGCUUGUCAUGGAGGGUUUUAACUGGUGCCAGGACAAGAACGUGGUGACGGUAUUUAGUGCUCCAAACUACUGUUAUAGGUGCGGGAACAUGGCUGCGAUACUUGAAAUAGGGGAAAACAUGGACCAAAAUUUUCUCCAGUUUGACCCAGCGCCAAGGCAGAUUGAACCAGAUACUACCCGCAAGACGCCAGAUUAUUUCUUGUAAUAGUCACAUGGAUGGGAUGUGAUGUGAUACUGAUGCCCUAAAACGGAAUCGGGUUGUUUGUUUGUAAUCCUUGUAGAUGUUUUCCCCCUUGAAAAACAAAGAAGAGAGAGUUUUGUUGUGAACAUCAUUCAUUCUUUUGUUUGGAGUUUGGAUUGCUGCUGGUUGUUGUUAUUGACAAACUGCAGCAAUGUUUCUGCACUUUUUAUUUCUUAAGUUAGAAGGUAGGUUUUUGGUGGAUCAACAUAUUUGGGCAUUCAUAAUAAAUUUCUAGUUUUUGGAGUAA